AUGUACACUAUCCGCAGUAGAAAGACAGGGCAGACAUUGAUCCAUUGCGCAGUGAAGUCGUGUAAUCCUUACAUUGUACAAGAUAUCUUGGAAGCAAGACCUGAUGCUUUGUACGACAAGGAUAACGAUGGAAAAUCUACACAGCAUUACGCUGCUGCGUUAGAGGAGUGGUUCUUGUUGGAAUUCCUUCUCUCGCACGGAGCUGAUAUUUUUGAGACGUGAGUACUUGAUGUAGCUGCCGGAACAAUGUAUUUAAAUGUCUAUCAUCUGUAUUGUACAUGUCUAUCUAUCAUCUAUGUGCUAUUUUAAAACACGAGCUGGAGUGCUUUAUCAGAUAUAAAACACGAAGUGACAGCCGAGUAUCUUACAGGGUUCGUGGCGGUCUUUGAAACCCUUGAAAGUCUUUAAAUUUGAAUACAGGUCUUUAAGGUCUUUGAAAAGUCUUUGCAUUGUGUGAAAAAGCGAAGAAAGUCUUUAAAAGUCUCCAAAUACUUUAGUGAGUAUUUGAUUAUACGAUUUCCUAGCUAAUAAAAUAGAUUGAUUGAAUCAAGAUUUUCGCAAAUAUCGACGAAAAGGCGCAUUUUAGGAUGUGAUUUGAUGGGACUAAUUAUUGGGUAAAUAUGUUGCUUUCACUUGCAACUCUUCAACAGCUGAUUGCUCUCAACGGUCUUUGAAAAGUAUUUGAAAAUAGGCAGCAAAAAUCUUUGAAAGUCUUUGAAUUUGUUUGGUCUUGGAGACUACGAACCCUUUCUUAUAUCUGAUAAAUCACGGACUGCGAUAUUUUGGAGAUGUGUGUAUUUUGAUAUAGCCGUCGGAACAAUGUAUUUGCGUGCAGUAGAGGUGUGCAGCGGAUCGGAUUGGACGUUUAUAAUUCGAUAUUUGGCUAAUGUUUAAAAUUCAAUCCGAUCCAAAAUUGUCUAAUGCAAUCCGAGUUUUGAUAAAGAAUUCCAAUCCGAAGAAUCCUUUAAUAAAAUAGAUUUCUCAUUCAAGUGGAAAUAUUUAACCAAGUAAAUAUAAAAGCAAGAAAUAUACAUGUCAAGUCGUCAAGAAGCUGACAAAGUGACAUCCAAUUGUUUUGUCGUGGAUAUUUAAUUAAUUCAUUUUAUUUCGAAUAUCGAAGUCCGAUCUGACUACGAAACAACUUUAUCAAUCCGGUCUAAUCCGAAAUUUAUAUUUUUGUUCCGAAAUCCGAACGAAUAUGAUCGGAUUCGGAUCGGAUUUGCACACCUCUCAUUUGCAGUGACAAAGCAAGCCAUGGCAACUGGUCAUGCUCUGCUAAUAAACCUGCGUCUUAAUAGGUUAAAGGCAAUACAUUUAUUUCUAAAGGUUUGCAUAAUACACAUCAUUAAAAAUUUGCAGCAUGACUUGCUGCCAACUUGCAACGGCUAGCUUGGCACGGUGGCCGGACAUUUUGCCGAAAGACACUUUGCCAAAAUACAUUUUGCCGAAAGACAUUUUGCCGAACGGACAUUUUGCCGACGGACGUUUUGCCGAACGGACGUUUUGCCAAACGAACAUUUUGCCGAAUGGACAUUUUGCCGAACGGACAGUUUGACGAAAGGACAUUUUGCCGAAAAUAGAGAUAUCUUCUGAACUUUAAAGGUUCGCUUACACAGUCAAAGUUUCUGUGAUUAAAGUCAUUAAUUGUCGGUUUUGAUGACAGAAACUUUGAUAGUGUAUAGUUUCGUUUUAUAUUCUUUCAAGUGUUUGACAAGUUUACCGAAAAUUGGCGGUAUAAAGAAUAACAUCAUUCAACAUCAUUCAUGAAUGUGAUUUCCCUUAGAACUGACUGUGAAUGUAUUCCAUGAUUCUCGAAGUGAAAUUCGCUUACGUCGUCUUUAUAUACGCUUGUUUGUUUACGAUCCAGGGUGCGAUAAUUCAAUAUUUUUAGCCGUACCUGACUGGUACUCCGACAACUUUUACCGCGUACCUAAUCUAGUACAAACUUAACAAGAGUCAAGACGUACCUAAGACUACUUCCGAGUUAUGCGUUUUUAUACCCACGUAUAGUUUACUGGUCCAAAAGCACAAAAUGUAUGAGCAAUUUUGUACAAGUGAAUCUUUAACUAUGGUAUUUGUACAACAUAAUAUAACAGUUUUCAAAGCGUCGACGUUGUGACUCGAAUGCACAGUGGAUUUACCGAGGGUACUAACAGUCUGACCUCAGCUACAAACAGUGUAGUUUUCCUCAUUGGGCCUAAAAAAAACCUGUGGUUCCGGUUUCAUAUCGCGAAAAAAUUAGGGUAGGUGGGUCGGUGGUUUUGGCGGGUUUUUUUUGCUGGACGAUUUUCAGUAGAGUCCCGACAUCAAUAUUAACUAGAGAUGCGUAGUUCCUACGGAUGGAUUUAGGCAAUUUGGUUCAAUAAUUAUUGUGACAACAGACGCCAUUUUGGCACGCUGUACGAGCAGCCCGCAACCACCCGGAGAAAAUAGGGUCGCAUGGUCAAUCGUGUUGAAAAAAUAAUAGGGUGGGCAAAAAAAAAAUAGGGCCGGUCGGGAAACCGGAACCACAGGUAUUUUAGGCCUUGGUAUAGCAUUGACUGAUUAAGCCCAGGUCACACUACGCAACGAUAACGAUACGAUAACUUGUAAACACGCGAUGAUUGGUAAAAAAAUUAUGUUGGUGUCCACACUACAACGAAAACGAUAUAAUUAUCGUUGGACGAUAACGAUUUUAAAAUCGCUCACCCGAGUGAUUUUUUUUCAGUCGGACGAUGACGAUAAAUUUUUUGAUCAAGCGCAAAGAUAACCUUUUGGCUUUUUUCAUCCCAAAAUAUGUCGGAUGCGUGGAAUUUACAUGUACAGCUAAAGUUCUUCACGGUUUUGAAUACUUUGGCAGGUUUGCAAGGAAAAUGUAAGUACGCGAGUAGCAAAUUUCCGCGUACUUACGUGGUACUUGCCUAAAAACAAGGAAGUACCAGACCAUAAAUUUGGCGUACCUCCGGUAAGUUGGUACGUGAAUUAUCGCACCCUGCCGGAUCUGACGUCAAAACACGUUCCUAAAAAAUGAGUCAUCCGCUGCACAAACAAGCUACCAAUAGUGAAUAUGGUUAUGCACUGCUUAAGCUCGCCGCAUACGAGAGCAACUUGCUGAGCUAACCGCCUCGCGUGGCAGCCAGCUCCAUUUUGUCGCAAGUCACAUGAAGAAACCAUGGUUUGUCAUUGGCUAAUUGAUUCAAACAGCUCAGCACUUAGCUCACAACAUCCACUGACGCUGAGAUGUUUUCCUCGCGAGGCGAAAAAUAUCAAACACGGUAGAUAUUUUAGCGCAGCAAGUUGCUCUCGUGUGCGGCGGGCUUAACGACCAUUAUGCACUGCUAAUGACCAUUAUGCACUGCUAAUGACCAUAUAAUGGUUAUUUUACACAAUGGUUGAGAAUUACACAUUUGAGAAAUGAGUCACAGUCCCAAAUAUUUUGACGAAAUAACAUUUUUAUUUUCGGCAAGUUGUCCUUUCGGCAAAUUGUCCGUUCGGCAAAUUGUCCGUCGGCAAAAUGUCCGUUCGGCAAAAUGUGUUUCGGCAAAAUGUCCGGAUACCGCUUGGCACUGUGUAUUUGUCUAUUAUCUGUCGUCACUACACUGCAUUUAUCAACGUGAACAUUUCUUUUUUCUAGCGACAAGAAUAAUUCCACACCAUUCCACAUGGCAGCGGACGCUGGCUCGUUAUCAAAUGUCAAACUGCUGUUUCACGAGGACGAAGAUCUCUUGAGAGCAGAAGAUAACCAAGGAAGAACGGCUCUACACAUUGCUUGCAUGAAUGGCUGCAGAAACAUUGUGUCCUUUCUUCUUAAGAAUGGUGCAGACCCGCUUGUGAGGAUGGAGGGUGGUCUGAAUUGUUUGGAGGUGGCUGUGAUGAACAAACAGGAUGACGUAGUGAAGGAAUUGUUGCUUAGCGACCACUGGAAAGAUGUGAGUAGAAUGUACAGUUUUCUUCUUACCACUAUCAUCACCAUUACCAUCAACUUAACAAUUAUCAUUAUCAUUAUCAUCACCUUUACCGUCAUCAUAAUCUCUAUUAUUACCAUCAUGAGCCUCAUCACUACCACCAUCACUACCACCAUUAUCUCCGGACCGCCAUCAUUAUCACCACCAUCAUCGUCACUACCAUCAUCGUCACUACCAUCACCACCAUCACCACUAACACCACCAUCAUCGUCAUUACUAACACCACCGUCAUCAUCAUUACUAACACCGCCGUCGUCAUCAUCAUCACCAUCACUACCAUCAUCAUCACCACCAUCAUCAUUACCACCAUCAUCAUCAUCACCAUCAUCAUCACCAUCAUCAUCACCACCAUCAUCAACACCACCGUCAUCAUCACCACCAUCAUCACCAUCACUACCAUCAUCACCAUCAUAAUCACCACCAUCAUCAUCCAUGACUACCAUCAUCAUCAUCACCAUCAUCAUCAGCACCAUCAUCACCAUCAUCAUCACUACCAUCACGAUCAUCACCAUCAUCAUCACCACCAUCAUCAUCACUACCAUCAUCAUCACCACCAUCAUCACCACCAUCAUCACCACCAUCAUCAUCACCACUACCAUCAUCAUCACCACUAUAUCAUCACUGCUACUACCGUCAUCAUUACCAUCAUCACUACUACUACCAUCACUUUCAUCACUUCUUCAUUCUUUUGUUAUUCAGUACCAUACAAACUAAUUUAUUUCCCACUUCAGCUGAUCACUGAAUGGAAUGGAGGAGCAAAAAGAGGUUUUGCAUGCCUAGUAAACCAAAUGCCAGACAAUGCCAAGAUACUGUUAGAUCGCUGUGUCGUGAAGAGCGACGGUAAAGCUCAAUCGCUUGACUAUCAAAUAACAUACGAUUUCUUCUUGCUGAAUCCAACAGGUGUGUUUUUGUAAUGAAUUAAUCAAUCAUUUAUUUAACCACGUUAUGCCUAGAAGUACGUAAAUAGUUUGUGCAUAGCCGUGUAUCUGACAAACUACUUAAUUCAGGCUUCGAAACGUUCCUCAGUGAUUUUUUGCCUGUUCAUGGUUUCAGGUUGUGUUUAUUGUCGCCUGUCUUUUCCAUUAUUCAAGGUUCCAAACCACCCAUGUUUGAUGGCCUCCAAGCGAUCAUUGAUAACGACGAUGAACAAUGCUUGACUCACAAACUCUGCAAGAAAUAUUUUAGCGUUAAAUGGCGAGAAAAAGGAUGUUAUGUAUAUCUGGCAAAUCUUUUUAUCUUUCUUUGUUUUCAUGUUUCGUUUAAUGUUUAUGUUGCGUUGGUUCGUGGUGCAAUCGCAGUUCGGACGCUACAUAAAUCGAGUAAGUCAUUGGGUCCAUUGGAAUAUUUUAAUUUUUAUAUGUUUUACGAAACUAUUUCCACAGAUAAAGGCCGAUUUACACUGCACAACGUUUGCCUAAAACUGUUGCAUGCAACCUGCUUCCACCAGUUACUACUCUGUAAAUCAAACACACAACUCACCUACGACAACGCAGUUGAGUUGUGUGUUUGCAGGUUCCCGGACAUUUUGCCGAACGGACAAUUUGCCGAAAAUAGAGAUGUUAUUUCGUUCACACCCACGUUCACCAACGUUGUUUAUCAAAUUGUUUGGGGCGGUGAUUCAGUUGUCAUGUGCGUCAUUAGUAGUGCAUAAUCAUAUUGAUAGUUUGUAUAUAUGAACUUUUACCUUAACAUUCAUGAAUCACGUUAUUCUCAGCUGUAAAUAUAAAACGAAAAACGUUCACUAUCAAAGUUUCUGCCAUCAAAGUGAACAAUGACUUUUAUCAAAGACUUCAAUGACAGAAACUUUGAUAGUGUAUAUAUCUCUAUUUUCUCUACUAUAAAAUAGUUCGGCAAAAUGUCCGUUCGUCAAAGUGUCCGUUCGUCAAAAUGUCUUUCGGCAAAGUGUCUUUCGGCAAAAUGUCCUUUCGGCAAAAUGUCCUUUCGGCAAAAUGUCCUUUCGGCAAAAUGUCUUUCGGCAAAAUGUCCUGCCACCCAGGUUGCAUGCGACAAUUUUAGGCAAAAAAGUUGUACAGUGCAAAUCUGCCUCAAAGAUCCGGGCUUACGGAUCAAAUCUGCCUUAAAGAUCCAGGCUUACGGAUCAAACGUUUUAUUAAUUAAAUAAAUUUCAAUGUUUUCCAAAAAGCAAAAUUAUUGUCGUUUAAUUUUAUAGACGCAGCAACAACCAAGUCCACAACGUCUAACAACUCUGCCGGAAGACCUAAUCAGCACGGAGCUAUCGUUGCAACGACUUUCAUCUUCAUAUUAACAUUCUUCAACAUUUUCAAAGAAUUCGUUCGGGUAUAACAAGUAUACUAUUAAUACUUUUAAAUUUUUCUCUGGCAGAUCACAAGUAGUCUGAUCUGGCAUACCAUUAGACAGAUCUCCAUCUUUAUUACCACUAUCAUACCAUCAUAGCCACCACCAUUUUUACAACCACCAUCAUCACCACUACCAUAAUCAUCACCAUCAAUAUUAUCAUAAUCACCACCAUUAUUGCCACCACCAUUAUCACCACCAUCAUCAUCACCACUACCACCACCAUCACAACUACCAUCAUCAUCACCACCACCAUCAUCAUCAUCACCAUUAAUAUUAUCAUAAUCACCACCAUUCCAUUAUCACCACCAUCAUCACUACUACCAUCAUCACAACUACCACUACCAUCAUCAUCAUUACCACCCAUCAUCAUCACCAUUAAUAUUAUCAUUAUUAUGAUCAUCAUCACCACCAUCAUCAUCACCACCACCAUCACAACUACCACCACCAGUAGCAUCAUAUAGAGCUACUGAUAAGACGUUUUCAACUAAAUAUUUUAGUUAAAUAGUUUAUCUUGACGAUUAUCUAACUUCUUUCCAGAUGCAUACCCAACGUUGGAGAUAUUUCAAAAAAUUUUCAAAUUAUUUCGAGUGGAUGUUGUAUGUUUGUGUGCUGUACUUUAUGUUCCCAGUGAGGAACACAAAAACUGAACGCCAGUUUGGGGCAGCUUCCCUAGCCGUCUGUAUAUCCUGGUUUAAUCUCAUCUGGUUCUUGAGACGAAUUCCUGAUAUUGGCACUUACAUUUUGACUCUGCAGAAAGUUUUUAAGACGCUGACUAAGGUAUAUGAGUUUAUAUCAGGAUUCUGUGUUUUUGUGGCUGGAAAUGUUCGAGUGUAACUAACACAUAUAUCAAUUCCUGCCAGAAGCCAACAGUUCCAUUUUUCGCAGCUCCUCUUGGUUUCCAUCUACAAAAAACCCUUCAACACUGAAAACAUGGAUACCUACAAUCGAUAUAACUAAUCGUAGAUGGCUUUCGUCGAUAUACAUUCCAAGUGUAUAUUUAUUAGACCUAACCAGAAACAGUUGCGGAAAAUGCAACUACUGGCCCCCUGGCAGGAAUCGAACCUGCAGCCCAGCGAUUCCGGUGCAGCGCUCUAACCAACUGAGCUACAGAGGCCAGUUGUCGAGCUCUAACCUCUUCUUUUUUUUCAGAUGCUUUUGCUGAUCGUGCUAUUCUGUAUGGCAUAUGCAUCAACGUUUUACCUCCUGCUUGCAGAGUAUAGUAGAUUCAAAAACUUCCCGAUUGCAAUUCUAAGCACAUUCGUAUCAAUGUUGGGCGAUUUCAAGUACGAUUCUUUGUUUCUCAAAGUUGGUUAUCAUACAGAUUUUUAUGAUUUCAAACUUCUUAUGUUUGUCAUGUUUGUUCUACUUAUGGUGGUCGUGGUUAACAACGUCUUGAUUGGCUUGGCUGUUGGCGACACGACGUAUGUCAUGAGUAUGGCUAAAGUGCAAAGUUUGAGACAACAUGUAAGUUGGGAAAGACGUAAAGGUUUUGCUUGUUUAGUUAAACUAACCUAACUUCAUUUUGUUACUGAAGGAUAAAACAUGUACUAGACUAACUUUAUUGAUACUGGACAGCUCUGAUUGUUAUAGACUGUUCUCCCUAGAAUAUCAUAUCAAGGCCAUAUUUUAUUGGUACAGUAUGAUACACAUGAGGAUCCUUAGAUAAAUUGCAUUUAAGGCCAUAUUCUAUUGGUACAGUAUUAUACACAGGUAGAACCUUAGAUGAACUAGUUUUAUUUGCACUGAAUAGUUCUAUCAGUUCUAGACAGUUCUUCCCAGAGGUCUAGUAAGAGCCACCCCUCAUUAAUUCUAGAAAAUCGUAAAAAUCUCUUGUUACAGUCAAACUGGAAGUAUAGAGCGUUUGCACUCAUUGCCCAGGGACCAACUCAACAAAUGCCAUGGCAGCCAUGUUUGUGUUCCAGACAAAAGAGUCUAGUUAAAAUUAUUUUAAAUUGGAACACCAGCAUGGCAGCUGUGACGUCAUGCGCAAACGCUCUAUUCUUUUCACAUGCGACUGAAUACGAUAUUAUAAUCAGAGAACUAAAUAUAAAUCCUGUCUUGUAGAUCAAAUUUAUAAUGGAAGUCGAAUCAUCACUAUUUGGUAGACUACCAUGCUUCAAAAGAAAGAAAGGCACGACCCACACAGAGUACCCUAAUCGCAAGAAAUCUUUCACGGACAAUGUCAACCGAUUUUUCGCUGGUGAAAUGAACACGUUUUAUAACGAAGAUGAUGAAGGUGAUGAUGAAGGUGGCGAUGAUGUUCUGACGCAGGAGAAAAUUGAGGAGAUGGUGCAAACGAGGCUGGAGAAUUAUCAUAAGAAAAUAAUGAAAGAAUUGAAAGAUUUUCAUUCGGACAUAGUGGAGAAAUUUGGGGAGAUGGUCAAUUGA